AUGAGCGCUGGGGCGGUUUAUGCUCCUGCUGCAGCCAGGGACGUUGGACACGGCGGGGAGGGACCUCACCGGGGCUGCCCCCGCCGGAAAGCCGAGGGCUGGAUUCACGUCGGGGACUGGCUGACAAAAUUUGGGUAUCUGCCUCCUCCGGAUCCUGUCACAGGACAACUGCAGACGCAGGAGGAGCUCACCAAGGCCAUCACUGCCAUGCAGCGGUUUGGGGGGCUCGAGGCGACGGGGGUCCUAGACGAAGCCACGCUGGAGCUGAUGAAGACCCCUCGCUGCUCUCUGCCCGACCUCGCCAUCACAGAGAGCAGGAGGAAGCGAUUCACGCAGGCUGUCACCAAGUGGAGCAAAAGGAACUUGUCUUGGAGAGUUCGCACCUUCCCAAAAGAGUCCCACCUGGGCCAUGACACAGUCCGAGCCCUGAUGUACUACGCCCUGAAGGUCUGGAGUGACAUUACCCCUCUGAAUUUCCAUGAAGUGGCAGGUAACAAUGCCGACAUCCAGAUAGACUUCUCCAAGGCAGAUCACAAUGACGGCUAUCCCUUCGAUGGGCCUGGUGGGACAGUGGCACAUGCUUUCUUCCCUGGAGACCAUCACACGGCAGGAGACACUCAUUUUGAUGACGACGAGUAUUGGACCUUCCGAUCAUCAGACGCUCAUGGGAUGGACUUAUUUGCUGUAGCUGUCCACGAGUUUGGCCAUGCCAUUGGCUUGACCCACAUCUCUGCCAUAGAGUCUAUCAUGAGACCCUACUACCAAGGUCCAGUGGGGGAUCCUCUGAAGUAUGACCUACCUUAUGAGGACAAAGUCCGAAUCUGGCAACUCUACGGAGUCAGGGAAUCUGUGUCCCCCACAGCCAAGCCUGAAGUAAGCAAAACCGAUGACCAUCCUAUCCUGCCAGAGCUGCCAGAGAACCGCUCCACUGUCCCGCUCAGGCGGGACGUGCCCAACAGAUGCAACACUCACUUUGACGCGGUGGCCCAGAUCAGGGGAGAGGCUUUCUUCUUCAAAGGCAAGUACUUCUGGAGACUGACUCGCAAUAAGCACUUGGUCUCCCUCCAGCCGGCUCAGAUCCACCGUUUCUGGCGAGGCUUGCCGCUCAACCUGGACAGCCUGGACGCCGUCUAUGAGAGAACCAGCGACCACAAGAUCGUCUUCUUCAAAGGAGACAGAUACUGGGUCUUCAAAGACAAUAACGUGGAGGAAGGAUAUCCACGGCCGAUCUCAGACUUCGGUCUGCCACCGGGAGGAAUCGAUGCCGCUUUCUCCUGGGCCCACAAUGACAAGACUUAUUUCUUUAAGGACAAUCUCUACUGGUGCUACGACGACCAUGAGCGGAGGAUGGAUCCUGGGUACCCUUCAGAGACCAUCCUGUGGAAGGGAAUACCAAGCCCUUUAGAUGAUGCCAUGAGAUGGUCAGAUGGUGCGAGUUACUUCUUCAGGGGCAAGGAGUACUGGAAAGUGCUGGACAGUGACCUGGAAGCCCAGCCUGGUUAUCCCCAGUCCAUCGCUAGAGACUGGCUGGUGUGCAGCGACAUGCAGUCUGACUCUCCAGAAGCAGCUGGGAGCAGCAGGACUGGGGCACGCUCCAAACCAGGGCAGCACGACGAGAGCCGCUCAGAAAACGGCUACGAGGUCUGCUCCUGCACCUCGGCCUCCCCGUCCCUCCGGCCUUGCCCCGUGCUCAGACUGUCAUCCAGCCUCAUGCUGACGAGCCUGUGGACAGCAACGCUGCUGUGUGCAGCCCUAUGA